UCUUGAAACUCAUGAAAAGAGUCUUCUGGGAUGAGUUACAAGAUCAAUGUGGACCAAUAGAUAUAUAAUAAAGUUUUUACGAAACAGUAACUACAGUCAAGAUUACGCUAGCCUUUACUAGUUAAAAUUGACUAUCGUUCUUGUAAUCUUUCAAGUGUGAAUUUAACUUGAAUCAUAACAUCAAAAGUAGUCAAAAGAUAUAGUUUUAUCAAUUAGUGGUAUAAAAACUUUUAUACUCCAGUGCAUUUGACUGAUUCACCCAAAAGGCUACCCACUCUCUUCUCAGAUCAUUAAUAAUUCAUUUUGACUGUUAAUAUUUACCAUUAAUUGAUUAAUAACUUUUACGUAAUCAAUUACUUACUAAUUUAAACUCAUUUUUGAAUUGCCACAAUCUAACGCAAUGUAGGGGAAAAACCAUCGUCAUGUAUAUAUCCAAAAUACAGGUCUACUCAUAAAACAAUUGCCUAGUGAAUCUAAAUUCAAAUACACAAUUAAUCCAUCAAUUAAUUUCCAAUAAGCUUAUGAUAUGUAUUCCAAGAAGGUAGUUUGGUAUAUUAAAUGACUUUAGAUACACUUAACUCGGGCUAGAUUACAGUAACUAGUUUCAAUAUUACACUCUAGUCAAUUUUUUCCUUAUAUAAGAAGCCACCAUCUAGUCAUUUUCCUACAGUAUACGUAUACGUUUCAUUUGUUGCUUAUUGAUUCAUGAUGACUACUUUGUCCGUCUUUGUACUUGCUGGUAUGUUAAUAUUGACAUGCCUUGAAAUAAUAGAGGCACAGUCUAUUGGAGUGUGUUACGGGAGAAAUGGGAAUAACUUACCAUCAGCCCAAGAUGUUGUAAAUCUUUAUAAAGCAAAUGACAUAACAAACAUGAGAGUCUAUGAUCCAAUUCCUGAAACACUUACUGCUCUCAAGGAAAGUAAUAUAGGCAUCAUUCUUGACGUUCCAAAUGAAAAUCUUCAAGCAUUGACAGAUCCUCAAGCAGCUACAGAUUGGGUCAACGCCAACAUUAUGAGUUAUUCCUCAAAUGUCAAGUUCAAAUAUAUAAGUGUUGGAAAUGAAAUAUCUCCUGGCAAUGUUGCAAAAGCCAAAUUUGCUCCAUUCCUUCUUCCUGCAUUGCAAAAUGUGCAACAAGCCAUAACGACGUUUCAUCUGCAGGAUCAAGUGAAGGUCACAACAAGUAUAGAGACCGGGAUGUUAACAAGUACAUACCCACCGUCUCAUUCAGUGUUUCGCAACGAUGCUAUCAGUUUCAUCAAACCGAUCAUUGAGUUCUUGAAACAGAAUCAAUCGCCUUUGCUGGCAAAUAUUUAUCCAUAUUAUGGUUAUAAAGCCAACCCUGAUCGUAUUCCACUCCCUUAUGCACUUUUUACACAACAAAAACCCGACCCAUCGGGCUAUCAAAAUCUAUUUGAUGCUAUGUUGGAUGCAGUAUAUUAUGCAGUUGAGAAAGCUGGUGGAGAUAACAUAGAGAUUGUUGUUGCUGAAAGUGGAUGGCCAUCUGAUGGUGGUGGUGUUGGAGUAAGUAUGGAUAAUGCUGCGACUUAUUAUAGGAAUUUGAUUAGUCAUGUGAAGUCAACAUCAGGAACUAUACACAAGCCCGGAAAGGCUAUAGAAACUUAUUUGUUUGCUAUGUUUGAUGAAAAUGUGAAGAUAGGAGGAGAGACUGAGAAGCAUUUUGGAGUGUUCUAUCCUGAUAAAACUCAGAAGUAUAAUCUUACCUUCUAGUUUAAUUACAGCAGUUUAAUUUCAUUUAUGUAUUUAAAGAACAUGAUGCUAAAUUUAUGAUUUUUAAAGGAUUUGCUGGUUAAAA